UCUCCAAGGGCUGAGGCGCAUGGCAGGGAUGCGUCCCGAGCAGGAGCACGGCUGGAUCCCCGACAGCGCCGGGGGAUUCUUACGCGUUCAGGAGUGAAGGCUCGCGCCCGGUCCUCUCUUGUGGCUCUUGCGUCCUGAGCUUCUGCCGUUCCGGAGGAAGGGCCCCGGAUCUAACCCAGGAUGAAGAGGAUCUGGUACCUGGUCACGCUGAUCCUGACAGAAGGCAUGACAGACGGGGUCAGCUCAGCCCGGGACUGCCUGCAGGCCGGUGAAUCCUGCACCAACGACCCCAACUGCAGCUCCAAAUUCCGGACCCUCCGGCAGUGCAUCGCGGGCAAUGGUGCCAACAAGCUAGGGCCAGAUGCCAAGAGCCAGUGUCAGAAUACGGUGACCGCCCUCCUUUCCAGCCAGCUGUACGGUUGCAAGUGCAAGCGGGGGAUGAAGAAGGAGAAGCACUGUCUCAGCAUCUACUGGAGCAUCCACCAUACCUUGAUGGAAGGCAUGAAUGUCAUGGAGACUUCCCCUUACGAACCAUUUGUGAGAGGCUUUGACUACGUCCGACUGGCUUCCAUCACUGCAGGCUCCGAAAACGAAGUGACUCAAGUGAACCGUUGUCUGGAUGCCGCCAAAGCCUGCAAUGUGGAUGAGGUCUGCCAGCGCCUCCGGACUGAGUACGUCUCCUCCUGCAUCCGCCGUGUGGCCCGGGCGGACACCUGCAAUCGCUCCAAGUGCCACAAGGCCUUGCGGAAGUUCUUUGACCGCGUGCCGCCCGAAUAUACGCAGGAGCUUCUCUUCUGCCCCUGCGACGACACGGCCUGUGCUGAGCGUCGCAGGCAGACCAUCGUGCCCGCCUGCUCUUAUGAAGCCAAGGAGAGACCGAACUGUUUGGCCCCAGUCGACUCCUGCCGGGUGAACUACGUCUGCAGGUCCCGUUUUGCUGAAUUCCAGUUUAACUGCCAGCCGUCCACACAGUCUGCAACAGGGUGCCAGAGGGAAAAUUACGCUGCCUGUCUACUGGCCUAUACUGGGAUCAUAGGUAGUCCCAUCACCCCAAACUACAGUGACAACUCGACCUCUAACAUCGCACCCUGGUGUACGUGCAACGCCAGCGGGAACAGGCAGGAAGAGUGCGAAAGCUUCCUCCACCUCUUCACCAAGAACCUCUGCCUCCAAAAUGCCAUCCAGGCCUUCGGCAAUGGGACAUACCUGAGCACAGCCCUGGGCUCCUCCACCCCUCCGACGACGCAGAUGCGCAAACAGGAGCGCAACACCAACAAGGCAGCGGCCACCCUCAGAGAGAACAUCUUCGAAGAGCUGCAGCCCACCAAGAUAUCUGCAGAGGAGAAGCUUCUACGAGAUGCCAAUCACCUAGCAUCCGAUGCCUCCAGCUCAGCACUGGCACUGACCGUUAAUGGCUGGUUGAUGAUGUGGUGCUCUGCAUGCACCAGUACAUUCCUUCUGGCAUCCAUGUGAAUUGGAGUUCGCCCGCACUCAAGAGCUGUGACUGAACUGCUUUUUCUUUGUUUGUUUUCAAAUUGGGGAGCAGGGAUGAAAAUUGGGGAGCAGAGGUGAAAGGUCUCACCAGCUUCUAGCUUCCUCCUCUUCAAGGUUAUUGGAAGGGAAGGGAAGAAACUCAUUGCAUCAGCUUGUUGGACACCUUCCCGGUGAGCAACAGUGUGUUCAUCUACUGGAGGAACCAGAGAUCAGACCCUUCAAGGAACCAUGGGCCAGUCCCAAAGUCACAGUAGGGAGUAAUUCACAUUAGCUUCUUUCUUUUUUUAACAUUAGUAGGUCAGGAAAAGUUUCUUACUUUGGUGUGCUGAAGCAGUCUUAUGAGGAACCGUGGGUGAGAAGAUCUUGCUGCCAUCUUGGAAAACCUUCCAAAAAUAGGUUGAAGUAGUCCUAGUCUCUCCAUGUGUUGGGUCUAGUCAUGGGACUGCUGCAUCAUGCCAAUACUGUCAACUUCUGGUAAUGACACCGCCCAAUCACCAUCUAUCUUUUUUAAAGGGGGGGGAGGGGUUGAGUGUUUUGGACUUGAGACUUAGAUGUCCCAGACUCAGAAAGAGACAGACAAGUUUGGAGGUCUUAGAUGGCCCAAAUGGCAAGAUCCAUUGUCUCUCCUUGGUCACAAUAAUUUGGUGGGAAAUGGGAACAAUGGAUUAUGUUUUGGAAGUGGUUUUUGCUUUGAAAAUACAUGCUUGCUUGAAGCUUCCUCAGAACUGGUGACUGCUUUGACAGCACCAAUGGGACUGAACUUCUGGCUCCAAAUAGGAAAUAACUGCCCAUUCUUACCAGCACAUCGUUGGUUCCCACAGAGCACCUUCAAGGACAGAAUCCCACCUCGUCUGGUGCUAUACAAGAGAGCAAUUGUAGAUGUACCUGAAAUCCCAUCAUGUAACCAGUGUGUCUCUUUAGUUUGGACUGUCCCUCUAGAGACUGACCCUGGCUGCUGACUCUGAAUUCGGCAACAUUCCAUUGAGUUAUCUCUGAGCGAUUCCUCAAGACUCUCCGGGGUGAUUUUUUUAAAGGACAGUUUGUAUUUACCACAGAAAACCCAUUGCCAUAGUUUGGUCCUGAAAAGAGAUUGCAGGAUGGAAAUCUAAAGACCUAAUCUCAAACAUUUCAAUCUUCUGGGAUUUUGGGGUUCUAGGUGCAAAACAUCACAUUUUGCGCAGCCAAACAUUUGCUGAGGAAAACAGCAGCCACUGGGAUCCAAGGCAGAAUUUCACCAUCAGGACUGAUGUCUGCAUGCAUCAUGAUCACCACUCAGCCAAAAGUUUGAAUUACCUUUCCAGAGAAGUACCUUGUUUGGGUUGAGAUUGGAUAUAAUGGAUAUUCCAUCUGUGGUGGGUUUCAUCAGCAAUGGCUGAUUCACAGGUUCAAGUGACCGCUAAAAGCUACCGUCAACAAGUGAAGGACCUGUCAGUGUGAAGCAGGUCUAUGACUGAAGAUCUUGCGCACUCCCCGCAUCCACACCAUUCAAACUCGCUGGGCAAUGUAUCAGAUUUCUUAUUAAUGGACAUGGGUGAUCUGGAUCAGCCAUAGUUGGCUUGCAACACAAUAUUUUGGCUACAAUUCAGGACAGAGGUAGGCCUCACUGAGCCCAUUCAGAUCAAGGGGAUUGAAUGUCCUUAAUCUUGUGUUGGAAUGUGGCCUCCCUCCUACUUAUAAGAUGGUGGUGUUUUGUUUUUUUAAAAAAAAUAUUGACCUCAUACCUACAUUCCAAAUCUCUCUAGGGCUCUAAUGCAAAUAUGUAGUCCCACAGAAGGUGGAUGUUUUACUUGCUGAAAGGUGUGCAUAAGCACACAAAACUGGAAAAGCUAGAAAGUGCUGAAGGGAUCAGUUUAGGGGAAAUAUCAGAAGUUAUUCCAGUGUGUUACUAUACCAUGCCUACACAACAACUUAAAAGUAUUGUCGUGAUUAUGUUAUAUUGGAAUUGGCCAAUAAUUUAGUUUGUCUCCUGCUUCUCUGAACUAGUGCUGCAUUUUU